UAUAGACAAGUAGGAAUAGAAGAAGAAGAAGAAUAAGAAUAAAAAGUGAAAAAACACCGUCUUCCAUUAAUGUGUUUCACGGCCAACAACACAACCUCUUAAACGACGGUGAUGAAAUGAAACAACCAAAGUCAAAGUCAGAUCUACAUACUUUAUGACGUCAUAAUUCCAACCCAGUUCAAUUUUUUUUUUUUUUUUUUACUUUCUCAUCUACUUCAUUCAUUUCCAUACUCAUCCUCCAGCUAUCACUCUUGUUUAUUAUCAUUCUCAACCCAAUUUCAUUUUUUACAAAACACUUCCAAACCAAACAUGAUUAUAACAAAACAUGUUAUUAUUCUUUCUAUGUUCAUCUUUAUUUUCUUCUUCAUGUCAAAACCAUGUUUAUGUGGUCUUCAAUAUAUUGGUUCAAUCUCACCUGGUACGGAUGGUUCACAAAUGGAUUGGAUUGACAGAGAAGGAAAAUUUCUUCUCUCCAAAACCCAAAAUUUCGCUUUAGGUUUCGUCACCACUGCGAACGACACCACCAAGUUUCUAUUAGUUAUUGUUCAUUUAGCUAGCUCCACUGUGAUUUGGACUGCUAAUAGAGGAAAACCAGUUUCUAAUUCUGAUAAUUUUGUCUUUGAUAAAAAGGGUAAUGCUUUUUUACAAAAAGAUGGAAUUUUGAUUUGGUCUACCAAUACAACCAAUAAAGGGGCUUCUUUAAUGGUGUUGGAAGAUAGUGGGAAUUUGGUUUUGCUUGGGAAGGAUAAUAGUACGGUAAUUUGGCAAAGUUUUGAUUUUCCUACUGAUACUUUGAUGCCUCAACAGGUUUUUAAGGAAGGAAUGAAGAUUACUAGUGAACCUAGUUCAAAUAAUUUGACCUAUGUUCUUGAGAUUAAAUCUGGUAAUGUUGUUCUUUCUGCUGGUUUUAAAAUUCCACAGGUUUAUUGGACUAUGCAGGAGGAUAACAGGAAAACCAUUGAUAAGGAUGGUCAUGUUGUGGUUUCGGCGAAUCUUAGUGACAAUUCUUGGAGAUUUUAUGAUGACAAGAAGUCUUUGUUGUGGCAAUUCAUUUUCUCUGAUGAUGUAGGUGUAAAUGCAACUUGGAUUGCUGUUUUGGGAAGGGAUGGUGUUAUUACUUUCUCUAAUCUCAACAGUGGUGGGUCGAAUGGUGAUUCUUCGACUAGGAUACCACAAGAUCCUUGUGGGACACCGGAGCCAUGCGAUCCUUAUAGCAUAUGCACGAACAACCGAAGGUGUAGCUGUCCUUCUAUUAUUCCUAAUUGUAAACCUGGUUUUUUUUCUCCUUGUGAUGAUAAAUCAGAAAACUCUAUCCAAUUUUUGAAAGGUGAUGACGGACUUGGUUACUUUGCACUUGAUUUUCUUCAGCCCUUUUCGAAAACCGAUUUGGCUGGUUGUCAAACAUCGUGCCGGGGAAAUUGCUCUUGUCUUGCAAUGUUCUUUCAUAAAAGUUCCGGAAACUGCUUCCUGUUGGAAAGUGUAGGAAGUUUUAAGAAAUCUGAUGAUGGUGCUGAUUCUGGUUAUGUUUCUUACAUUAAGGUCUCAAGUGAUGCAGGCAAAAAAGGAGGUGGAACCAGCAAUAAACACAUCAUUGUUGUUGUUGUUAUUGUCAUAUUAACUUUGUUUGUGAUUUCCCUUCUGCUCUUUGUUGGGGUUAGAUACUACAGAAAAAAGAAAAUGUUACCUGAAUCUCCAAAAGAGAAUUCAGAAGAGGACAAUUUCCUGGAGAAUUUAACCGGUAUGCCAGUUCGCUACCGCUACAAAGAUCUCGAAGUUGCAACUAGUAACUUCUCAACGAAGCUUGGUCAAGGAGGUUUUGGUUCAGUUUAUAGAGGAGUUCUACCUGAUGGAACUCAAUUAGCCGUGAAGCAGCUGGAAGGUAUUGGUCAAGGAAAGAAAGAGUUCAGAGCCGAAGUUAGCAUCAUUGGAAGCAUUCAUCACCUUAAUUUGGUAAGACUUAAAGGAUUUUGUGCAGAUGGAACACAUAGGCUUUUAGUUUAUGAGUAUAUGGCUAAUAACUCGUUGGAUAAAUGGAUAUUCAAGAAGAAAAAAGGUGAUUUUCUUUUGGAUUGGGAUACAAGGUAUAAUAUAGCAGUAGGAACGGCAAAAGGGCUAGCUUAUCUACAUGAAGAUUGUGAUUCAAAGAUUGUUCAUUGUGACAUCAAACCUGAAAAUGUGCUUCUAGAUGACCAUUUCAUGGCCAAAGUUUCAGAUUUUGGUUUAGCCAAACUCAUGAAUAGAGAACAAAGUCAUGUUUUUACAACAAUGCGAGGAACACGUGGAUACCUUGCACCUGAAUGGAUAACAAGCUAUGCUAUAUCAGAGAAAAGUGAUGUAUACAGCUAUGGGAUGGUAUUGCUAGAGAUUAUUGGUGGAAGGAAGAACUAUGAUACUAAUGAGAGUUCAGAGAAAAGUUAUUUCCCUAGUUUUGCUUUUAAGAUGAUGGAAGAAGGGAAAGUGAGAGAUAUACUUGAUUCCGAGCUGAAAAUUGAUGAGCAUGAUGAUAGGGUUCAAUGUGCUAUAAGGGUUGCAUUGUGGUGUAUACAAGAAGACAUGUCUAUGAGACCUUCAAUGACCAAAGUUGUUCAAAUGUUGGAGGGUCUCUGCACUGUUCCUAAACCACCAACUAGUUCUUACUUGAGUACUCGUCUUUAUUCUACUAUGUUCAAAUCAUCUACUAGUGAAGGAGGAACCUCUUCUGGACCAUCAGAUUGUAAUAGUGAUGCUUAUUUAUCAGCAGUUCGUCUUUCUGGCCCAAGAUAACACAGCAACAAUUGCUCUAUGUAUUUUUAUUUUUUGUAUUGUAUUGUAAUGUAAUAUUAUUGAGGAAAUUAGUUGAUAUGUAAUUAAUCUUGGUAUAGGACUUUUACUCUUGUAAAUUUUGUCUUUUAAGUUUCUCAAAUCUUGCUAUUAGCCUAUUUCCUACAAAUAUGAAAUUGGAUUUUGCAGUCA